ACCCGGCGGGAGGAGGAGGAGCGGGAAACCGCGCUGGCAGAGCCCUGCCCCAGGGAAGCCACGUUGAUGUUUGUCGAUGCAGCAGUGCCACCCCGCGUGGUGAUGACCUUCCAGCGCCUGGUAUGUGCACUGGCCUCCCGCCAGCUGGCUCCCAUAAGACAUGGAGGAAGCCGCCCUCUGCACGUAGCCCAUGCAGCUCGCUCUGACAAGAGCGCCCCAGUGUUCACCCGCGCCCUGGCCUUUGGAGAAAGAGUUGCCCUCGUUGACCAGCAUGGCGUCCACACGUACAAGGACCUUUACUGCCGCAGCCUCCGCCUGUCCCAGGAGAUCUGCCGGCUCCUUGAGUGUGCCGGCCAGGACCUGCAGGAGGAGAGGAUCUCUUUCAUGUGCUCCAAUGACGUCUCCUACGUGGUUGCACAGUGGGCCUCAUGGAUGAGCGGCGGCAUUGCCGUCCCUCUCUUCAGGAAGCACCCCCAGGCCGACCUGGAGUACUUCAUCCAGGACUCCCGGAGCUCUGUGGUCCUGGCUGGCCAGGAGUACGUGGAGCUCCUGAGUCCAGUGGUCAGGAAGCUAGGGGUCCCACUCCUGCCUCUCCCACCUGCAGUCUACAAUGGGGCAGCUGAGGAGCACGGGGUGGGGGAGUUGCCGGAACGAGACUGGAGAGACCGGGGUGCCAUGAUCAUCUAUACCAGCGGGACCACGGGGAGGCCCAAGGGUGUCCUGAGCACCCAUCACAACAUCAGGGCUGUGGUGACGGGGCUGGUCCACAAGUGGGCGUGGACUAAAGACGAUGUGAUCCUUCAUGUCCUCCCCCUGCAUCAUGUCCAUGGCGUGGUCAACAAGCUGCUCUGUCCACUCUGGGUGGGAGCCACCUGUGUGAUGCUCCCGGAGUUCAGUGCCCAGCUGGUUUGGGAAAAGUUCUUAAGUUCUGAAACUCCACGGAUUAAUGUGUUUAUGGCAGUUCCUACAAUAUACACCAAAUUGAUGGAUUAUUAUGACAAGCAUUUUACCCAACCGCAUGUCCAGGAUUUCGUACGUGCCGUUUGUGAAGAAAAGAUCAGGUUGAUGGUUUCGGGAUCAGCUGCUCUGCCCCUGCCUGUACUAGAGAAGUGGAAGAACAUCACAGGCCACACUCUGCUGGAGAGGUAUGGGAUGACGGAGAUCGGCAUGGCCCUGUCCAACCCCCUGACCGUAGCAGCUCGCUUGCCAGGUUCUGUGGGGACCCCGCUGCCAGGCGUUGAGGUACGAAUUGUCUCAGAAAACCCACAGAAGGAGGGCUGCCCCUACAUCCUCCACGCGGAAGGAAACGAGAAGGACACCAGGGUGACCCCAGGAUUCAAGGAGAAGGAAGGGGAGCUCUUGGUCAGGGGACCCACUGUGUUCCGUGAAUACUGGGGCAAACCAGAAGAAACGAAGAAAGCGUUCACCUCAGAUGGCUGGUUUAAAACAGCAUGCCUCCUGGUGACCAGAACCCCUUUCCUCAGGCGACACAGCCAUGUUCAAGGACGGCAGCUACUGGAUCCGGGGGCGCACAUCAGUGGACAUCAUCAAGACGGGUGGCUACAAGGUCAGCGCCCUGGAGGUGGAGCGGCUGCUGUUGGCGCACCCCAGCAUCAAGGAUGUGGCUGUGAUCGGUGUUCCGGACAUGACGUGGGGCCAGCGGGUUACUGCAGUGGUGACACUGGAAGAGGGACACUCACUGUCCCACAGGGAGCUCAAAGAGUGGGCCAGAGGCGUCCUGGCCCCGUAUGCUGUGCCCUCGGAGCUCCUGCUGGUGGAGGAGAUCCCAAGGAACCAGAUGGGGAAGAUCAACAAGAGGGACCUGGUCAGGCAGUUCUACCCGCACAGCCAGGGAGCACCGGAGGCCAGGCACCCGUGAGCCAGCAUCCGCUCUACACCCAAACCCCCAAUUGGGUGGAGCAGAGUCCGGCCUGAUGGAGUAGAUCACAGCCAGAGGCCUCCUCUGUCCGUCCAUGUGGCCACAUCCACACCUUUGCCUGGUCAGGCCCCAGGAGGGUCCAGGUGUCACUCAGGGAUGCAGUCCCCACAGGAAAUUGAGUAAAGCUUCUCAGAGGAAAA